AUGCAGGUGUCUUUUGCAUGCACGGACCACGGGCUUAAAGCCCCACGUAACGGUGAGCACAGUAAGCAGAACGCUACCAGCCCCAACACAGCCAGCCAGGCCCGUGCACGCUUCCGCACUGUGGCCCUGAUAGCUCGCAGCCUGGGUUCCUUCACCCACCGCUACCAUCACAACCUCAAGGAGUCCACGGCCAAGCUCACUGGCAUGAAGUACCGGAAUCUGGGGAAAUCUGGGUUGCGGGUUUCCUGUCUGGGGCUUGGCACGUGGGUGACAUUUGGAGGUCAGAUCUCUGAUGAGGUGGCAGAGCAAUUGAUGACUAUCGCCUAUGAAAGCGGGGUCAACCUUUUCGACACGGCUGAAGUGUACUCCGGGGGGAAGGCAGAGAUCAUCCUAGGAAACAUCAUCAAGAAAAAGUGCUGGAGGAGAUCCAGCCUGGUGAUCACCACGAAGCUCUACUGGGGGGGAAAAGCAGAGACAGAGAGAGGCCUCAACAGAAAACACAUCAUUGAAGGUUUAAGGGGGUCCCUCCAGAGGAUGCAACUUGAGUACGUGGAUGUGGUUUUUGCUAAUCGGCCAGACAGCAACACUCCCAUGGAGGAGAUCGUGAGAGCGAUGACACAUGUGAUCAACCAGGGGAUGGCCAUGUACUGGGGGACGUCACGGUGGUCUGCCAUGGAGAUCAUGGAAGCAUACUCGGUGGCCAGACAGUUUAAUCUGAUUCCACCAGUGUGUGAGCAGGCUGAGUAUCACUUCUUCCAGAGGGAUAAAGUGGAAACCCAGCUACCAGAACUCUACCACAAGAUAGGUGUAGGUGUGGUCUCUUGGUCCCCUUUGGCUUGUGGAAUCAUCACUGGAAAAUAUGAGAAUGGAGUCCCAGAAUCUUCCAGGGCCGCAAUGAAGCCGUACCAGUGGCUGAGGGAGAAAAUAAUGAGUGAAGAUGGAAGAAAACAGCAAGCCAAGCUUAAAGAACUGGCUCAUAUCGCAGAGAAGCUCAGCUGUACUUUACCACAGCUAGCCAUAGCCUGGUGCCUGAGGAAUGAAGGAGUCAGCUCAGUACUGUUGGGAUCCUCGAAUCCAACCCAGUUAACAGAGAACCUGGGAGCCAUUCAGGUAAUUCCAAAGAUGACAGCAGGCAUUGCCACAGAAGUGGAUCAUUUACUGGGCAAUCGUCCACACAAUAAAAAGGACUACCACCAUUAGGAUGGACCCCCUUUUAGCAAACUAUGCUCCAAAAGCUUAUCAAAGCUAACUCUCACAGCCAUAGCACAAUAAGUCCGUGCCCAACUUUGCUCGUGUGCGCGUAUGACUGUGUGUGUGUGACUGUGUAAAGUGCUCUGCUUGGCUCCUUGUGUGUAUGAAGAUCAACCAGUACUCAUUG